GUACCUCGGGAAACCCUCCACCAUUUAUUGGGGACCUUUUCCGCCUUCCCAAUCCGACAAGAUUAUCCCCCCCCAGCCGCCGUUGUCCGUCCUCCAGCCAUGGGCACACAACAAGCACACCAAACAUAGCAGCUGCUUGCGAUAAUGGCGGAGGAUACGGAUUCAGUAUCAGCAAGCGGCUCUGGAGCUGGAGCUGGUCCGGGAGGUUCGAAACAGAGACACAAGAGGACGCGGACGGGGUGUAUGAAGUGUCGGGUCCGACGGCGCAAAUGCGAUGAAGGAAAGCCGCGAUGUCAGCGAUGCAUCGAUGGAAACUUCGAGUGCCACUACGGCCCCAGACUUACAUUCUUGAAUAAGAAUGCCCUGACUGUGUCGCCCUCGCCCAAGGUGGCUGAUGCGACAACUCCAAAAUACUCGCGACUUCAGUUCGUAGGUGCCGGGUCUUCCAAGCAAGCUGCCAAAGACCCAUCGUUGCAUGUAUCUUCACCGCCGCACGAGCAACAUAGAGUCAACGGAAGCUUCUCAAAUGACCUGAACCACAACCACGGAUCUCUACCACCACCGCCAUCGUCGCAAACAUCAACGCCAACGGUAAUAGCCUUCCAUGCAAAUACCCAGCCCCCAGAGCCAUCGCCAACAGCGACAACAAAACCGCUACCUCUUGAGCCGAGCCUCGCGCCCCUGAAUCACCACCACCACUCACCGCUUACGCAAUGGCGGCCGCCUCAGAUUCACGAGAGCCUCUCAUCGCCGGUGCGAAACCUUGAUAUCACGGGGAAGCUAAUGGGUCCAUCGCCAAAUAACGAUGCCGCGUACGAGACAGCCUUGAACGUCUUGCUCUCGCUGGGAAACGAAGGGCCAGCGGGGCUGGGCCAGUCGCCUGACCACGGCUCAGGAUCAUUUGCAGUCGGUGGCGAUAGCAUCGGGGUGGUGAGUCCUGGAGAGAUGAUGUCCAUAUCGCCAAACUCGGCGAGGGAGAGGAGAGGGUCCGGCAUGUCUGCGGCUGCGGCCAUAUCGCAAGAUCGCCUGCUGCAGCUGUUGCGUCACUUUAGGUACCAGGUCGCGCCAUGGCUUGACUUGUGUGAUAUGGGACAGACUUUUGGUCUUCACGUUUCGCGUCUGGCGAUCGAGUCCGAAGGGGUUCUUCACUCGCUUCUCGCCGUUGCUGCGACGGCACAGCAGGCCGAUAUGCGCAUCGUACCUGGCGACGUCGAAUACCUCAAGUCUCUGGCUCAGGCAAAAGCUUUCCAACCAAACGGGGCGGUCAUCAGCGACAGCGACCUGGUUCACUUGACACUAUCUACGGCAUGCCGAUUCAUCUCCGACAUCCCCAGCGGCUGGAAUAGCCUGUCCACUGUCAUAGAUCACAACGUUUGGGACGUGGCACUAGCUGAAGCAACUCCAAAGACCAUCCCGAUAUUAGCAGUCUUGAUUCGACUAGAACUCGCCGCCGCACUCGUAACCGGCGCCCCCAUAUCGAUCCCCGAACACUUAUCCUAUAACCCGAUCCCACAGCAGUGGAACUCCUCCGCCAUCGCAGAGACAAUCUUCCAAUACACCAUCGAACCCCUUCUCCUCUGCGCAAAAGUAGUAAAUUUUUGCUCAGGAAGCUUCCCACCACAAACCCCUGCCGACCUCGACCUCGGCGGCGUCCCACUAACACCCGUCCACCGCUGGACAAUGCUCAGCGACGCCCUGGGGUCCUGGUACACCAACCGGGCGCAGGAGUUCCGCCCCAUGGUGGAGAUGGACGGCGGCGACGAGACGCUCUUCCCCGUCAUCCUCUUCACUAAUGGUGCUGCCGUCUUUGCGAACCAGCUGUAUCAUACGGCCAUGUUGCUGUUGCUUCAGAAUAAGCCGCGGACGUUGCAGGCCGCGACGGCGGCGGCGGGGAAGAAGUCGUCGUCUUCGUCGUCCACGUCGCCGCUCUGGCAUGCUCAGCGCGUCUGCGGGAUUGCGCUCAAUAAUGACCGGAGAGAUAGUUGGGAUCUUUGUUUAGUCGCGUCGCUGUAUCUGGCGGCGCAGAGGAUGACGUACGAGCCUCAGCAGAAGGCGAUUCUGGGGUGUUUUGAUCGUAUCAAGUCGAUGACUGGCUGGAACGUCGACGGCUUCUCGACGAAAGUUCGAGAGGAUUGGGGGUUAAUGUAGACAAUCAGACACUUUGUUGGACGCGAGCACGCCGUGUCGCCCUGUGGCCAAUU